UUAUAUAUAUAUUCAAUUUUAAUUUUUUUUUUUUGAGGUAUUAUUGCCGAGAAGGAAAUCGAAAUUUUAAUUAACGGAAUUCAAAAUGUUGCGUACAGAAAAUAAUGUAAAUGGGAAAGCAAAGGAAAAAUUCAACGCCGCUAAACGUUUUAAGCAGCUGGCUCGUAGUGCUCUAAUAAAUCAGCAAUGGUUGUCAGAGUUAGCUGAACAACAGAGGACGAAAGUUGCUGUGCAUCGCCCAAAAGUUACUGGCAUACUAACAAAUAAUGAAAAGAAUCUUCUUCGAAAAUUUAGUGGCUUCAGAACCGAUUCGGAAAGAUUAUCUCUCGUAAACCUGAUGGCUAAUCUUAUUGUAUUCUCACAAAUACCUCCCAAAUUACGAGCGCGUUUGGCACCAUAUGCGUACUUUAUAAUUAUUGAUCCGAAAAGAAAAAUAAUAGAAGAAGGAAGGCAACCGGCGACAGUAUAUUUUGUACUUAAUGGCGAUAUCGCGGUAACAAAAAAAGAAUGGAGUUCGGUAAAAAAUAAAUAUAUUGAUAAAUUGGAGUACAUAUGUGGGCCCGGUGAGUGGUUAGGGGAGAUAGAGAUUCUUGAAAAUCUUAAACGACGUCAUACGUACACCAGUAAAUCCGAAGUUGAAUUGCUUGCACUUGAUCGCGCAGAUUUUGAACGAAUCCUAAUGCCUUAUGUAAAAGAAAUUUGGGAAGAAAAGAAAACAGCUAUGCGUUACUUAGGAUAUUUCAGUUUCUUUUCAAAUGAACAGGUAAUAUCGGCUUGCCAACUGGCUACUCUUCAACAAUUUGAACCCUAUGAAACCAUAUAUCAUGAGAACAAAGGACUACAGACAUUCGUUUGUUUUGUUAUAAGUGGAACCUGCAUGAUUCUACAAUGCUUAAGAAUCAAGGUCUCUAAAAACCAAAACCGGAAAAAAUUUGCCCUUACUGAUGUUGUGAAACGUAACGAUGUAUUUAGGAAAGUAAGCACUGCGGAAAUUCGAAGCUUUAUGCGAACCAAACCUCAAUUUGACUUAACCCAAUUUUCCCUCAAAAAAAAUGAAUCUGAAUCAGAUUACGAUAUUCAGCAACAAAAGAAGAAUGUAAUGGAUGUCAAAGCAUUUAAAGAGAUGUGUGCCGGGCUCGAGCCUGACGAUAAAGGUUCUGUGAUAUCUUCAAAAUUCAGUUUUUUCUCUCCCACGCACUCCUUUUCAAGCUUUCCUAUCGAAGAGGACGAAUGCAAUGAACACAAUUUCACUGAAGAUCAGGAAGAAGAUGGAAUAUUAUCGGAGGAAAGUUUCGGCGAAUCAGAGGAAGUAGUGGUGAAAAGUUCGAGCUAUAAAAAUUCUGUAAUUGGCUUGAAAUUGAAUUCAGAGGAAGAUAAUAUGAUAUAUUCCAAGGAAAGUAUUGAGAAUCACUUUAUCGAUGUGGGUAGGAUUAACAAAGGCGGUGUUAUCGGACUCUGCGAGGAUAUGGAACAUCGUAUUAUUGUGGCAGAAACUAAAGUACAGUGUUUAUUGUUACCCAGAUACUGGCUGUUUGAACACAAUCAAAAUCCAGCUAAUAUGUGGCAUAGACAAAGAAUACAGUUAGAAAUAAAUAUACCGUCUAGAGAAAAACUUUUCAAGUUUUAUAUGGAUUUACGAAAAUGGGACACUUUCAAAAAUGAAAUUACAUCAUCGUUUAAAAAUUCAGGCACGAAAUUACAAGAUAUUCCCAUAAUGGCCCACAUUAUAUCAUCAGGCCAAUAAAAUUUAUACCGCCUCGUAUGCACUGAGUUGGAUAGCGAUUCAAGAAUGAUUAAUUAAUUCCAGCCAUCAAGAAACAAUUAAGUGUAAAUAAAGCUUUCCAACAAAAUUAUGCAUAAUCCCCUUAUCGAUCAUUAUAGGUCGGUUCUAAUAGUUUCCAAGUGAAAGCAUUCUACCAUACGAUAUGUAAAACAUUUUAACGCCUUAUACGAAACUUAAUAAAGAAAUAUAUCGAUUAAACAA